GUGCCGCGAAAAGAAGAAUCUAGAUAAAGAGAGAGCUCGGAGAGCCAAGGAGAGGAGCAACACAAAGCAGCGAUGUAUCAAGCUCUCAGAGAGAAUAAGGGUAAAACACUAUCAACCAAAGGGAAAACUUCGAGCCCAUCUCGCUCUUCGGAUAUAUCAAGAACUCUGGAUCCGAAGAAUUUAGAUGGGGGAUCCUCUGGUAUAAACCUACGAGAUCGGCAAGCUCAAGGACAUCAAUUGAGAAAGUACUUCCGCUUUGCCGGCAAACAUGGAAAGGGUCGAAUUGCUGACCUGGAGAAGGAGGUUCGAGAGCACAAGAUCAUCGAGGAAAAGAACGCGAGAGCAGUCAACAAGGCGAAUCAGAUCAAGAAUAUGAUGAAGAAGGCGGAGGCUGGCUACAACGAGCUGGAGUACGAGACUUUCCUCAACGAAGUAAGCAAAGUCGAGCCCGCCGCCCUAUGGGCUGCAGAGACGAAAGCCAACUACGAGCUUCUCAAAGAGAUCAAGAGUGGGGAAAUCAUUGAUACUGAUCAGGAGCUCAGAACUGUCAGGAGAGACGAAGAAAAAGCAGCCCAAAAGGUUGCCGAGGUGAGUGCGCUAAAAGUCGUCUCUCUUGAAUUUGCUCAUCUUCAGGUUGACAUUAGUCCCGUACAAGCGAAGGAUGCAACUCUUCCCAAAGAAGAAUUGCUUAUCGGCGAGUCCAGGACUAAUCGAAUCACUCUGAAUGGACAUGAGAUCGCUGCGAUGUGGUCCGUUGAUGUGGAAAAGGAACCCGGAGCAUAGGAGUAAUAUAGAUUACUUCAUUUC